CCCCGGGUGUCCAGGAGCUGCCGUCAGUCAGGAGGCCAUGCGGUCCAAGAUGGGCUCUUCAGGAGCAUCCCAGAUAGGGUGUGUGGGAGGGCGAGGGGUGCUGGCUGUGCUGCUGGCUGGUCUCCUCCUGCAAGGGACCUUGGCCAAGAGCAUCGGGACCUUCUUAGACCCCUGCAAGGACCCCACACGUAUCACCUCCCCCAAUGACCCCUGUCUCCUGGGGAAGGGGGGCUCCAGCAGUUCCAGUGGUGGUUCCAGUGGCAGCUCCAGUGGAUCCAGUGGCAGCUCCAGUGGCUCCAGUGGCAGUUCCAGCAGUUCCAGUGUUGUUUCCAGUGGCCCCAGUGGUCGCCCCAGUGGUGGCUCCAGUGGCAGCUCCAGUGGCGUCUCCAGCAGUGUCUCCAGCAGUGGUUCCACCGGACCCAUUGUCGUCCAUGGUGGUUCUUCUGGAUCUUCGUUAUUUAAGCCAGGAACGGGGUAUUCCCAGAUAAGCUACUCCUCUGGAUCAGGCUCUACUCAACAAAGUGCAUCGAGCUCCCUCCAGUCAGGAAGCAUCAGCUCCCAGUCAGGAGGAGGCUUGAGCUCUUCUAGCUCCCAAACCUCCUGGGUGUCCAGCAGCGGGGGCCAGAAGGUCAGCUCCAAGCUGCGGCCCUGUGGUCCCGACAUCCCUGACUCUCCCUGCAGCGGGGGGCCCAUCGUCUCACACUCUGGCUCCUACAUCUCCAGCUCCCACUCCGUGUCUGGGGGUCAAAGGCCAGUAGUGGUGGUGGUGGAGCAGCAUGGCUCUGGUGGUCCCGGUGGCCCCGGUGGCCCCGGAGUGGGUCAAAGGGUCCCCUGCCUCAACGGAGGCCCUCCAGGCAAGCCCUGCCCCCCCAUCACCUCUGUGGACCAAUAUGGCAGCUAUGAGGUGGUGGGUGGCUCCUCCAACAAUUAUCUGGUCCCAGGCAUGACCUACAGUGGGGGCAAAAUCUACCCGGUGGGCUACUUCACCAAAGACGGCCCCAUCAAAGGCUCCCCAGGAGUGCCCUCCUUUGCUGCUGGGCCCCCCGUCUCUGAGGGCAAGUACUUCUCUGGCAACCCCAUCAUUCCCAACCGCAGCUCUUCUAGCUCCAAUAUCUACCAGUCUGGAGCUUCCUCGACUGCAGUGUUCCAGCCAGUGGGCUCUGGUGGGGUCCAGCCCUGUGUGGUUGGCUCCCUGGGCUCCAAGGGGCCCUGCUCCCUCUCCAGCUCUGGAGUCUCCAGCAGUUCCAGCGUUUCCAGCAGUUCUGGUUCAUCUUUCCAUCCCUGUGGUGGUGUUUCUCAGGGGCCCUGCUCCCCACCAGGCACUGGCUCCCUCGGCAGCAGCUCUAGCUCCCUGUCUGGUGGCAAAAUCAUCCUUCAGCCCUGUGGCAGCAAGUCCAGUGCUCCUGGUCACCCUUGCAUUUCUGUCUCCUCCUCGACCCUAAGUGGAGGUCCAAAUGGCUCUCCCCAACCUGACCCCUCAGCUGGUGCCAAGCCCUGUGGUCCUGGCAACUCUGGAAAGAACCCUUGUCGCUCCAUCCGGGACAUCCUAGCCCAGGUGAAGCCUCUGGGGCCCCAGCUAGCUGACCCUGAAGUUUUCCUACCCCAGGGAGAUCUACCUAACAGUUCAUAAAGCAGAUUUUGCCUCCAUGUGUGUGCAGGCAUACACCCACACCCACACACACACACACACUCCAUCUCCCAAGUGGGAGAAGUUCAGGGGUAGUCCAGGCAUGGGGUAGUUCAAUUUCCCUCCUCCCUCCCAAGAGAGCUGCCCCCACUUCCCCCAUUGACCCAGUGACUCUCCCUAUCACUUCUUUUUUUACCUCCCCAAACUGUAGGCUCCAAAUCCAAAUCUCCUCUUCUACCGCAGUGGCCCCCCACCCCCACCAGAUUUCCACUCCCCAGAAUUUCCUCUGCCAUUUCUUUGAGAUGGUAUAGUCUACUGGCUAACCCUACCCAUUCAGAUUCUUAACUGGGAACCCCCGAAAUCUCCUAGAGUAAUUGUGAUGCCUGGACAAGUCAUCCCCUCCCCACCCUCAUCCCUGCUUUGCCACAUAAAGCACAAACCAAACGAUUAUUUGAAAACAAUGACCAUUUUUCACUGAUCUCAUUCCACCAUCUGGUCAACCAGCGAGAUAUGCUAUUGGGUUCUCACACUCCCGGUUCCACUCCCACCCUCCAUUAUAGAGCUCACCACGCCCUUUGUGAGUUCCCAAACACUCCUCCUUGUCUCUCAGUCUUCAUCUCCGUCCCCUCUUCCUGGUUGCCACUUCCGUCAGCACUCAGAUGCUUCAUGCCGUUCGUCGGGGGAGAUACCAGGCUCUCUGCGGAGACUGGGACAACCUCCCUGCUCUCAUUGGGUCUGGCACAGAUGUUUCAAUAAACUGUGAGAACUAGA